AUGCUUGUCCGCUCACCCCGUAAACUUGUAUUUCUCUCACUCGUCGCUUUCAUCUUCAUCCUCGCUGUCCUGCAACAAUCGCCGUGGGCAGCGUCCAAUGUCUACGAACAGCUUCCGUUGUUCCAGUCCCCAACCCCUCCGCAUGAGAAUGGAAGUGGUGAUGCCAGCGGGUCGAAGUCUUCAGAUGGCCCUGACAAGGCUAGAGUGGGCGGGAAACCGAGUGUGCCGUGGGCUAUAGACGGGGGUAAAACAAACCCAUUAGAUUUAGGUGUGCCGGAACCGAGACCAACGGAUUUGAAGGAGUAUAUGAAGAACAUGUUGAAUUGGACGAGGCCGACGUGGAAUGGGCACUGGCCGCCGUUUGGGGAUUAUGUUGAUAAGGAUUAUGAUCCUAAUCGGUGGGAGGAGUUCGAAAUGGACUACCGGCCGUAUAACGCGGGUCACGACAAGCUGAGCAAGACUGUAGCUUCCUCGCCCCAAGCUUACAAACCCUUUCCCGAGUAUAACAAUCGCGAGUGGGGGAAGAAAUGGAAAGGCACAUAUGUGGCGUGCAUGGGACCGAGAGGAAUGCGUCUGAAUGAAAGCGCAGAUGAUGAGGUUCAGGUCUAUUCCGGCGUUCCAGAGGGCUUCCCAAAGGUGUUUGCUGGCGGAUACGAUGUUAUCGGGUUAGACGGCAAUGUUUGCUUCGACCGGUACUCCCGAUACGGCCCGUAUGGAUUCGGAGACGAGGAGUUCCCCGAGGAUGUGAAGGACUGGAAGGCCCCAAAGACGGUUCCGGAAUGGACGGAGAUGAACUGGGGAAUGCUGCAAGAUGAGUGUCUGGAGUUGAACAAGAAUCGUUACCGUCCGGAGGCUAGAACACCAGUCGAUAAGCAACCGAGCACAACGCUUCCUCCUUCGGCCGUCGCGUCGUCAGCAUUCGCGACUCCUACGGGGACGAGCAGGGGGAAUGUUGAGAAUAGGAAUGCGAAGGGUCCGCAGUACCAUCAUCGGACGGCGGUCCUAAUUCGUGCGUGGACGGGAUACCAUUAUGAGGAGAACGAUAUAACGGCUAUUCGUGCUAUGAUCUCGGAGUUGUCUCUUCAAUCUGGUGGCGAAUAUCAGGUCUUUCUGUAUGUCCAUGUCAAGGAUCGCAACAAGCCCAUUUUUGACAACCCGGCUAUCUAUGACGAGGUUCUUCGAGAACAUGUUCCCGCGGAGCUGCGAGAUGUUGCUAUUCUAUGGUCAGAAGCGAUCUUCCCAAAAUGGUAUCCGGAGGUCAAAGACUGGCAAGUCUACUGGCAACAGUUCAUGUGCCUCCAGUGGUUCUCGCUAACACAUCCCGAAUUCGAUUAUAUCUGGAAUUGGGAAACGGAUGCCCGAUACACCGGCCAUCACUACCACUUCUUUGAGAAGAUUUCCGAAUUCGCAGACAUGCAGCCUCGCAAACUUCUCUGGGAACGCAACAAGCGCUAUUACCUCCCAUCCGUCCAUGGCUCGUACAAGAACUUCGUCGAGCAAACUCACGCUGACGUCCUCAACGCCUCUGCAAACUCCCUCAUCCCACCUCCAGUCUGGGGUCCUCGACCCUGGGCUCGCGCCGACCCCCCUCAGAAACCCCUCGGGCCCACACCUCCCACAUCAUUUGAGGACGAUGAAUUUAAAUGGGGCGUCAACGAACCCGCAGACUUCAUCACCCUUCUCCCUAUCUGGGACCCCCGCAACACAAGCUGGUCCUACAAAGAUAAAAUCUGGAACUAUCUCCCAGGCGUGCGCCCGGUCUUCACCCCGCAAGACGGCGCAGCGGACUGGUUCACGCACCCGGAUUUCAUCCACAUCGACCGUCGUGUCUUCAUCAACACCGUCGUCCGCUUCAGCAAACGCAUGCUGCAAGCCAUGCACGAAGAGAACUUAGUUGGAAGAAGCAUGCAAGCGGAAAUGUGGCCUUCGACCGUCGCCCUCCAACAUGGUCUCAAAGCCGUGUACGCACCACACCCGAUCUUCAACGACCGCCACUGGCCCGCUGCAUACUCUGAGGCCAUUUUUGACGCCCAUUCGACCAUCGAUAACUCUCGUUACGGUCCCGUUACCCCCAUCCAAGGAGCGUGGACGGAACAAGCGGAUUCUCCAUAUAAUCAUGAUCGCGAGUAUAAUUUCCAGGGCUGGAGUUGGUAUUACGCGAGUAAGUUCCCGAGGACGUUGUAUCGGCGGUGGUUGAAUUGGCAAGUGGCUAUGCAGGAUUGGGGGCAGGAGGAGAGGAUUGAGGGUGGGGAGGGGAUGGAUGGAGUGUGGCAGGAACGGAGGAUGUGCAUGCCGGCAAUGUUACUGCAUCCGGUUAAGAGGAUGGAGAGGGAGAAGGUUAAGCCGUGA